GGGAUUACUGUACAAAAUCUUAUCCCCGAAUCUGUAUCCAACUCCCUCUCGUCCCAAAAUUUGCAGUGGAUAACAUAAGCAACGACUGUCUUCCACACACAGGCCACACGACCCAGAUGGAGCGGCCAUGAACACGGCAAGACCUCCCUCCGACUUCUCCUCAUUUUUGUCAACAACCCGUAGAUUCUCACCCCGCCGGAUUUACCCACCGUCGCCUGGUUCAGCCAACCCCACGAUCACCUCUGCAGCUAGCAGAACGAAAGUUACACAAUCAUCACAUUCUAGAACCUCCAAUACAACUGUAACAACUACUACUACAUCUCUUCUCACCCUUCUCCAGCAGAGGAAAACCGAAGAGGCCUGGUUGGCUUACACCGGAUCCGACCAACUUCCCAACUCCACUUGCCUUAGCCGUUUAGUCUCUCAACUAUCCUACCAGAAAACCCACGACGGCCUCACGCGCGCCCAGUCCAUCGUCCGUCGUCUCUACCAUGACAACCGGCUCCACCUCCUUGACUGCAACUCCCUCGGCCUCCUCGCCGUUGCCGCAGCUAAAUCCGGUCAGGUCCUAUAUGCCACCUCCAUCAUCAAGUCUAUGCUCAAAUCCGGAUACCUUCCGCAUGUCAAGGCCUGGAGCGCCGUCAUCAGCCGACUUUCCAGCUCGGGUGAUGAUGGCCCGACUGAGGCCUUGACUUUAUUUGACUUGAUCACCAAAAGGGUCCAACGGAUCUCGGACCCCAAUCUGAUUAAAGAUUCCAGGCCAGACACUGCUUCUUACAAUGCUGUGCUGAAUGCCUGUGCUAACAUUGGUGACACUGGGAAAUUCUUGCAACUGUUUGAAGGGAUGAGUGAGUUUGGUUGUGAACCAGAUGUUUUGACAUACAAUGUGAUGAUGAAGCUUUGUGCUAGAGCUGAUAGGAAAGAGUUGCUAGUGUUUGUGUUGGAGAGAAUAAUUGAAAAGAAAAUACCUUUGUGUAUGACGACACUUCAAUCCCUUGUGGCGGCUUAUGUUGGUUUUGGUGAUUUGGAAUCAGCCGAAAAAAUUGUUCAGGCCUUGAGAGAAGGGAGGAGAGAUCUCUGCAAGAUUCUAAGGGAUUCAACUUUGAAAGAGAUAGGUCCAAGGCAAACAGAACCGGUCCUAAAUGAGAGUGAUGUAUUCAAAGAGUUGCUUCCAAAUUGUUUGAACUCAAGAGACAAAGAGCCACCAGAGUUACCUCAUG